CCAUUGUGUACGGAGCUAGUGCGCUACUUUUCUUCCCCUUUCCCCGGGUCCUGCCAGGGGUUUUUCCUCCCGGGGUGCGAACCUCUGCCCUGUCCCGGGGCCUCGCCUGCUUUCCUUGUCCCCCUGGGUCUGCUUCGGCGAUUCGGGUUCGUACCCGUCCAGCUGCUUUGCGGCCUGCUCUUUCCUUGUUUUCUAUAACUCUACAAUAUUUCAUAUUCUUCUUCUUGCCACUCAUAUAAAGAUGUCGCCAUGAGUCUUGCUCUCCGUUGUCCAGCUCUCCUGAACGCCAUGCUCCUGGCUUCCAGCCGCCGCCUGCACUCUGCUCCCCCCACUCUGCCCACGGCCUAUGCCGCUGAGCUCCCAGGCUUCCCCAGCAGAUAUGGAUCCUGGAUCAGCCAACAACACCAACAAGAACCAGAACCGCUCGGGCUCUGCGGGACCUUCCGGGGAGUCUAAGACGAAAACUGGAGGAAAAUAUUGAUUUUAAGAGUGUCCUUCUGGGCUGUAAGAGUAACCUUUGUCUUCUGCAAUGCACCCUGUUCCUUUCUCAGGGUAAUUGGUGCAAUACAGAACAGAAGAACGGAAGUAGCUCCAAGCAACGAUAUAAUAGAAAACGAGAAAAUUCUUACCCUAAAAAUGAGACUUUUGCUGGUCAGUCCCGCCGCUCCGGUCCACAGAAAAGCAAAACUUUUAACAAGGUUCCACCACAAAGAGGUGGCAAUAAACAGUAUGGAAUGGGAAGGAGGGAAGAGGUAGCAGAGAAUCAGAGGGCAGAGUUUAGUUCAGCUCAAUAUUCAGGGCCAAAGAAGAUCAACCUUAACCAUCUUCUAAACUUCACUUUUGAGCCACGUGGAUAUCCUGGUGGACAUCACAAUGGGAUUGGAAAUUUUGGCAGAAGACAUAAAUGGGGAAACAAACCAUUUAAUAAAGAACUCUUUCUGCAGGCUAACUGCCAGUUUGUGGUGUCUGAUGAUAAUGAUUACAGUGUCCACUUCACUGAUCCAGAUACUCUUGUUAGCUGGGACUUUGUGGAACAAGUGCGCAUUUUUAGCCAUGAGGUGCCAUCGUGUCCCAUUUGCCUAUACCCUCCCAUUGCUGCGAAGAUUACUCGCUGUGGGCAUAUAUUCUGCUGGGCUUGUAUCUUGCAUUACUUGUCACUUAGUGAAAACGACUGGAGUAGAUGUCCAAUUUGUUACAGCUCCAUUAUGAAAAAAGAUCUGAAAAGUGUUGUCGCCACAGAAGCCCAUCUUUAUUCAGUGGGUGAAAAAAUCACAAUGCAGUUGAUGAAGAGGGAGAAAGGAGUCCUGGUGGCUAUGCCAAAAUCUAAGUGGAUGAAGCUCGAUGAACCUAUUCAUAUGGGAGAUUUGGAACAUACCCAGUACUCUAAGCUACUCCUCGCCUCUCGUGAUCAAAUCCUGAAUCAGGUUAUUGCUGAGGAGAAGUUUGCCCUAUUGGAGCAAUAUAAAGCUGAAAAAGAAACCCCAGAGGCAUGUUUUAUAGAGGCGGCUAUUCAAGAGCUGCAGGAUCGCACAGAUAAUCUGUACACUGCCAGCAAGCCUGAAAUCGAGGCAGCUACAAUUUCAAUGAAGGCUUUGAAUUUUGAGUCUACCAGUGAUAAACCAAAUACACUCAUGGAGAAAGAGGUUGUACACUAUAUCUCUGCAUUUGAGGAGGAAACUAUGGAACCACCAUGUGGAGAUUGUUCACCUACAGAAUCCCCUCCUCCAGAUAUCCAAACUGUCUUGUCGACAGACGUGAGCACUGCAACUGAUGGAGGACUCCCUUCACUCAGUCAACAGGAAUUGAAACAUGAAAAUUAUGAGCCACCGGCAAACUCCCACUAUUACUACUUUUAUCAAGCUGUGGAUGGACAGCAUGUGUACCUUCAUCCAGUGAAUGUACGUUGCCUUGUUCAUGAAUAUGGCAGCCUUGAGCGGUGCCCAGAGCAGAUCACUGCCACUGUUGUAGAGAUGGAUGGGUUUACCAUGACUGAGGAGGUGCGCAGACGCCAUCGGUACCUUUGUUAUUUGCCUCUCACUUGUGAGUUCAGCAUCUGUGAAAUAGCCCUGGGGCCCCCUGAUGUUUCUGUGAAAACCUUAGAGCUUUUUACAGAUGAAGUUGAGAAGAGAAGACGUCUGCGUCAGCGGAAGGCACGAGAUGAGCAGCGCAGGGAAAAAAGGAUUGAGAUUGAGGAAAACAAGAAGCAGGGAAAGUACCCAGAAGCACACAUUGCAUUAGAAAACCUUCAGCAGUUUCCUGCUUUUAGCUCCAGUCCAGUCUAUCCACUCUCCAGUGUGGAAACUCAAAGUUUUGUUUCCAUAUCUCCUGUGAGCUGCAGCCCAACAUCACAGUCUGGUUUCCUUCUUGGUGCAGAAUGUUCCUCCGAUCCUUCACUCAUUGAGGAUGAAUCCCGUUGUCCAUCAUUUGCGCAGAUGCUGAGAGCUGGUAAAGCAAAGCAAGAGACCUGGCCUAAAGCUGCCCAUAAAAGUGUGGCAGAAAAUACUUUGGCUCCAGCAACGGCUGACAGUGAUGGCGAGAGUGAUUGCUCUGAGCGAGUUCCUGUCCCAAGUUUUCAGAACUCUUUUAGCCAAGCUAUGGAAGCAGCUUUCUUGAAGCUGGAUACAGCCCUUCCUACUUCUCCUUCCUCAGUUGAGAAAGGAGGGAGAAGAAAGAAGAAGCAACAAAAGCUUCUAUUUAGCACCUCAGUUGUCCAUACCAAGUGAACAGUGCAAUCAUCCAUUUCUCUUCAGUCAUGUUCACCCUAAGGGCAAGGUCACAUGUAACAUAUUUAAAAACACGCGGUUGAUUGUACAUACUCCAAUGAAACCACACACGCAUGAUAUGUGUUUUUCAGCCUGUAGUUUUCUUUUCCCAACAUGCAUUUCUGUUUCCCACAAUUCCACUCAGAAGAAUUUUAGUCGUUUUGCAAAAGAAGUGGAAAUCAAUUUGCAUGCAGAAUAUAACCAUACUGCUUGUCAAUACGUAACAUAAUUACAUCACCAGCAUACAAUGCCGUAAAUACGUAUAUGCAAAAUCCAUCUUGUGAGAGUUUGGCCGCCAUGUUGAAAAUGCGCAGGGUAUUUCAGCAGAGUGUAUUUCCAAACCUGUACAUCCCAUAGAGCUCAAUAAUAUGGUGUUUCCUUGGUUUUUUUUUUGGUUUUUUUUGCUAUAAAAAAAAAGAAAAAUCAUACUGGCGUCUUGUGGCGGAUGUUGGCUCGCAAGCGCCCCAGUGGAAUUGCUAUAGUGCAUAUUCUAUUAAUUUCAAUAGGGCUGUAUGUUUUUAAAACGCCAUGUGUGACCUUGCCCUGAUAACCUUGUAUAAUUUUAUCUGCAGUAUUUAUGGUUGAACAUGUAUCCGUUUUGAGCAGAUUGCUCUUGUAUACUGCACCAAAAUUGGGGCCAGUUUGCUUUUGUAGGAUCAGAUCUUAACUAAUGCAGUUGGUAAGUGAUUAGUAUGAAGUAGCAGAACUGUGUAUAAUGCUGAGGUAUUUGGCUGCACUAUGUAAGCCAACAACUGAACCAGAAUGUUUAAGUGGAGCAUUUCAGUUUCAGGACACUAUGGUGGAAUAGACAAGAAUGAAGUUCUACUAAUUAAACUAAAGCUUCUGUUGGUAGCAGAGUUCCCCAGGUCCAACCAUCAAGACAGACAAUGCUUUCAAUAUUACCACAGUUGACACUUUAUAAUUUGUAAAUUCUUUAGCUAUGGAGUUUUUUGCUCUUGGAUGUGGGGACUUCUGUUUUUCAGGAUUUUAAAGAUGAGCUUCACAAUGCUCUGCUUGUGGCUUUUUUGUGUAAAAAGAAUACCCUACACUGAUUCUGUAGUGGAAAGAAUAAAAUUUAGAGCCAACACUGA